ACCCCGGAGAGGAUGGGGUGGCUGGGCGAGAGCGGGGCAGCCGCGGGGACGUGCGGGACGUGGCGCUUCGGCGAACCGCUGAGGAGCCCGCAGGGGCUCGCGGCUGAGUGCGGCAGCUUUGCUGCAGUGUGGCGGCUCAUCACUGUGUCCCACAGACGUCUUUUUCCUGCAUCUCUGAGCUUUCAUUGCUCCCGUGUUUACCCCUCCUGUGGUAUAUCACAGGUCUGCAGUUGUUCAGGAUGGUUUUUGGACUCUGUAAUCAACUACCAGUUUGGAUCUCAGUUUUCCUUCAGAGCCUGACACAGUGAGAGGAUCUGAAGGGCUCUACAUGGUGAACGGGCCACCCAGUUUCACAGAGAGCACAGCCUUCCAAAGGGACUCUGGGAAAAACUGCAAAGCUGUUGCUUUCAGCAAGGACGGUUCCCUCUUUGCCUGGUGCAAUGGAGAAAAAGUAAAUGUUGUUAAUGUCACCAGUGCUGAGCUGCUGCGUUCCUUUGAUCUCCCAAAGGCCGUUUGCCUUCAGUUCUCACCAAAGAACAACGUUCUGGCAACGUGGCAGGCCUACACGACUGCCAAAGACGGCUCAGCCGGGGUGCCCAACCUGCAACUCCAUGAUGUGAAAACUGGAAAAUGCUUGAAGUCUUUCAUCCAGAAAAAGAUGCAGAACUGGUGUCCUUGCUGGGCAGAUGAUGAAAGCCUUUGUGCCAGGAAUGUAAACAAUGAAGUACACUUCUUUGAGAACAACGACUUCAGUACUAUUGCAAACAAACUGCAUUUGCAAAAGGUGAAUGACUUUGUGUUAUCUCCAGGAGCACAACCAACCAAGGUGGCUGUGUACGUCCCGGGCAGCAAAGGGGCACCGUCCUUCGUUAGGCUCUAUCAGUACCCCAACUUCAGCGGCCCGCAGUCUGCACUGGCCAAUAAGAGUUUCUUCAAAGCUGACAAGGUGACAAUGCUGUGGAACAAGAAAGCCACUGCUGUGCUAGUGAUAGCUAGUACAGAAGUUGAUAAAACAGGUGCUUCGUACUACGGAGAGCAAACCCUGCACUACAUCGCGACGAACGGCGAGAGCGCAGUCGUGCAGCUGCCAAAAGGUGGACCUAUUUAUGACGUUGUUUGGAGCCCCAAUUCUGUCGAGUUUUGUGCUGUGUAUGGUUUUAUGCCUGCCAAAGCAACAGUUUUUAAUUUGAAAUGUGACCCCGUGUUUGACUUUGGAACCGGUCCUCGCAACGCUGCCUACUACAGCCCCCACGGGCACAUCCUCGUGCUGGCAGGGUUUGGAAAUCUCAGGGGACAGAUGGAAGUGUGGGACGUUAAGAACUACAAACUCAUCUCCAAACCAGUAGCCUCGGAUUCCACGUACUUUGCUUGGUGUCCCGACGGGGAACACAUCGUGACGGCUACGUGUGCUCCCAGGCUGCGGGUCAGUAACGGCUACAAGAUCUGGCACUACACAGGCUCUCUGCUGCACAGCUACGAAGUUCCAUCGAAUGAAGAAAUGUGGCAAGUGUCCUGGCAGCCCUUCCUGGAUGGAGUGUUUGCAGCCAAGGCAGUGAAAUACCAGGCGGUUCCCAGCGAGCUGCCCCGUGCUGAGCAGAAGCCUGCUCAGGCAUACCGACCUCCAGCCCUGAGAAACAAACCUGUAACAGCUUCCAAGCUUCAUGAAGAUGAGCCACCUCAGAAUAUGAAGCCCCCGGUGGGUUGCAGUGAUAAGCCCCUCUCUAAAACAGCUCUUAAGAAUCAAAGGAAACAUGAAGCAAAGAAAGCUGCUAAACAGGAGGCCAAAGCUGACGCAAACCAAGAACCUCCCCAGCCCCCAGCACCACAGAGUGCACCACAGAGUGCUGUGCCUGCUCCUACAUCAGGAGACCCUGAAGUUGACAAGAAGAUAAAGAAUUUAAGAAAGAAACUGAAGGCAAUUGAGCAGCUGAAAGAACAAGCAGCUGCUGGCAAACAGCUAGAGAAGAAUCAGUUGGAGAAGAUUCAGAAGGAAACUGCCCUUCUUCAGGAACUGGAAAACCUAGAACUGGGGCUCUAGAAUGUCGUGGAAAUCCACUGUGGUGUUAACAGAAAGUCCAGGUGCAGCAGAAUUUGUACCAACUUGAACACAAUCAAAUGUUUCAUCAAAUGACCGAGGAUGGGAAAGUCCACAGCCAUGCUGCAGACUCGCCUCUGAAAGAGCCUUCCUAGAGAUCCGUGCGCAGGUGAAACUGUCAACAAGUACCGAAUAUCUCAUCAGCCACUUCCCCUGUUCAGCCCAAAAACGUGCUUAUCUUAUCUUCUUCCAGCCUGUUGCCUGAAAGCAGAAGCUGCCUGUGGGUUACCUUGUCCUUGUUUGGGUGUGAGGAGGGAAGGAGAUGGGGUUUACUUCUUUGAUAGCUUUAUUAUAUUUAAAAGUACACGUGAUCUUUAUGCAAUAACAGGAUGUAGAUAAAAAUAAAGAGCAUUUAAUAAAGAGCACUUCUGU